AUGGCUUCCCACAAGAGACCAGCCGACGAGGCCGCAGACAUCGGCCUCCCGCCCAUCGGCCCUGUCGCAUCUACCGGCUACCUCGCCCCAACCCCAGGCGAGAGUUCGAGAGCACAGCACCAAGGCCUGAGCCCGUCGCCGUCGCAAGUAUCCCUCCAGCCCGCGACUCCCUCCGCGAGGAGCGAUGUUGGCCCUACCGAAUACUUCCCCCCAUUGCGCGACGCACCCUCCUUCCAACAGGGAUCGCGGCCUACCUCGUCCUCAGGCUUCCCGGGCUUCUCGGGCGUCUACGACGAGCCUCCCACGCCUGGCUCACGCCGACCGAGCAUUCGCAUUCGCCGACGUGGUUCGUCGACCAGCUCGAGACCUAACAGUAUCGCGGAACAAAACAACUUUCUCCGAUCGCUUGCCGACAGUGGGAAUCGGAGCACCAGCCAUAGAAACGAUGACUUUUCCGGGCGUCCACGUAGCAUAUCGCAGCCCGAGCGUACUCAUAUGGCCCCUGAGUCUUCGCACCUAGGCCGUGCCUCCAGGCGGGCGCCCCAGAUCUCGAUGCCCCGACUCACCGAGGAAGGGGCGCGGCCAACGAUGGAGGAGCUGGGCCUUCAUCAGGACGAGCCUCUAUCGCCGGUUCGCUCAUUACCAGAGCAGAAUUUGAGCCGGCAGAGGACGUCGCCAGAGAUGCCUUCCCAGGGCCCGAUGUUGAGACGCAUGCGUGCGGUCAGUCGCUUAUUCAAGCCUGGCAAGCGCCAGGAUGGGCAAGACACAUCGGACGUGGAAGCAGCCAACGCACCACCGCCCCCAUCGCGUCGCGGGAACCGUAAUAGUCGUGUCGAUGAUGAGUAUGAUGAAUUGUUGGUUGACUAUCUUGACACUAUUGACCCGGAGAUCCAGACCCUUUCCACCCUCACAAACGUCCAGAAUUCACUCUUCAUUCCCGAUCUUGGCAGCUGGGUCAACCGCCGGCCAACUUACAACCUAUCCCGAAAUGAUAUUGACCCACGACUGCCAAGACCUGUAACUGCCACGGAACCGCCUGGGAUACUUCCAGGGGAAAGGAUCGAGCCUACUGACAUGGCCGAAGACCAAGGGCCUCCUCAAUUGGACCGUUCAAACACCAUCUCAUCACGACUCACAGAUUCACAUUACGCCGCUCUCCCACACGGCGCCAGCUUAGAAGGAUGGACAGAGGACGAGAAGUGGGAACUAGAUGACCAUGUCCGCCAUAUGCUUCACUCACGGCGAUCGAGAUUCAAGCGUUCUAUGAAGGGCUUUGGCCAGUACGUGAGACGCCCGCUCGGGUUCUUGGUCACCCUGUACGCGACACUCAUCACCCUCUUUGGUUUGGCCUGGGUACUGUUCCUGAUCGGGUGGAUCUACGUUGGUGACAAGCAAUUGUAUGUCAUCCAUAUCAUUGACAGCGUACUUGUCGCACUUUUUGCCGUCAUGGGUGACGGACUGGCUCCAUUCAGAGCCAUUGAUACUUACCACAUGAUCUACAUUGUCCAUUACGCGCGCAUCGUCAAGAAAGCGCAGGCAAAAGGUCGACCUAAACCCAAACGCAAGUGGUGGUGGCAGAAGAGCGAGCCUAAGGAGCAGCCCCAGGAUGCAGCACCCGAUCCCACUACAGCCCAGCUUCCGGAGGUGACGAGCCCCGAGACUGUCGAUUCGCGAGACUCGGAUAGCAAGAGCGAGCAGGAUCCCCAUACCCGGAGAAACAACAUUGUCGACGUUGACGUCGAGGAUGCCAGGUCAGGGAUUGAGGUGUACGAAGAUACGCCGCUGACGUACGCUCAGCAGCAGAAGCUGUACCACCACCAGACGAAGCUGGCCAAGUCCCACAGCUUCUACAAGCCCAACGAGACGAACACGCACUACGCCUUCCCGAUCGACUACCUCAUCGCCAUCGUCAUUCUCCUCGACUGCCAUUCGUGCUUGCAGAUCUCUCUGGGCGCCUGUACUUGGGGCAUAGACUAUCACGUCAGGCCUAUUGCCCUCACCACGGUGAUCCUCUGUGUCAGCAUAACCUGCAACAUCACCGCGGGGCUCAUCAUCACCAUCGGAGACCGCAAGACGCGCAAGAAGGAGGUCUGGAAGCUCAUGAACCGCCAGGAGCUGACGGGAGACGCGAUGAAGCACAUUGAGCAGAAGAGGACGACCGGGCAGCUGUCCCCCGAAAAGAGCACGGGGUCGGACUCGGAUAAGGAGCCUUUGUCUCAGAAGGCGAAGCGGUUCGUCUCGCUCAUCGUCGAGGAGCCGGAGAAGGAGAAGGAGAUGGAGAAGGAGGCCGAGAAGCCGAAAGAAAACGGUGGUUCCAAGCAGCCCCGGCGGGUGGCGUAA